AUGACGAUAAUCUGCCGCUGUCUCAACAAGUGCUUUGGCAUCUGCCGCCGCAGCAGACGGGACCCAUUACUCCCUAUAACUGAACCGAAAGAAGCCAAGGUAGUGCAAACAGCUGAGGUGGUUCGCCCUGAGCACCCCGCAGGCCCACCACCACCACCACCCAAAGAUUCAGAGAUUGUUCGAAUCCCAAGGCUGGUUCGAUCCUCAAAGCCAACUCGAACGGCAAGGGGCGUUCGAGUCUCAGAGCGGGGUGGAGUCGCAAGGCCAGGUCAGGCCCCGAAGCUAAAGCUAAGUCCAACCGCGAAGGUAAAGCUAGGUGAAGCCGCGAAGGCAAAGCCAGUUCAAGCGCCGAGGCCAAAGCCAGGUCAGGCUCAGAAGGCCGACGGCGACAGUGAAGGUAACAUCAGUGAUGAGGAAUACCCCCCACUCCCGCCUUCAAGAGAAGGCUCUCAUACAGGAAUCACACCUGAAAUAAGUGAUAUCGAUAUUAACGAGACCAGGGAUAUUGACGAUAUUGACGAUAUUGACAUUUCAGAUGCCGAGCCCGGUGAUGAAUUAUUCUUCUCUCCUCCUGCUGAAAUAUCCGUGACACCCGCGCCUCAAAGCGAACAAGCUAGCGAACGCGCCACUAGAAGCAGGAAGCGGGGGCACAUCGAGGAUAUUGCAAAGGAAGGUCAGGAAGGGAGCUCGGCUACUACAUAUGAGGAUACUCCCUCCCCUGCUAAGCGUGCACGUACCGAUGAGGCAGAUGUGCAGACUCCAGCACAAGUACCUGCGGGACGACAGCUAACUCCUCCAACUCUCCACCCUUCUACUCCCCCUCCCCCUCAAAAGCCCAGUUCCAGUAGCUCCGGCUUCGAUGACACGAACAAUGCCAUGUGGCCAGAGCCUACGGAAGAGCAACUGGCCAUAUACCGACAAAAAGGAGCUCGACUAAUAGCUUGGUUAGAGGACCCAAACGAACCAGGUUGCAAUAUUGCCCAGGCAACCAUUACCACGGACGACUUGUUGAACAACCUCCCGGAAGCAUAUCGUUACCAAGUUAGAGGAACUUAUUUCCUAACUGUCAACGACAUUUUGGAGGGAGGCGACCCUGAAUCUAUGGGAAUUACCACAAACGGUAACAGGUACCGCUUUACAUAUCUUUUAAGCCACGUCAAUGACCCAGAGGUCCUAGCAGGUUAUGGCCGUGAAAAAAUGGAUAAUAAACUCGAACAAAUAAUUGGACCAGGCAUAAUUGUUGCUUCUUCCAUUUUUAGGCACGAUUCCAUUCAGUGGAAUGAAAUCGCCAGGGCUCUGUAUGUAAUGGACCACCCCAUUACCACUUUGAGGCAUAUUAUGUAUGAGACCGUUAUCAAUGAAGAGACUGCACCAUAUAUCAGGCGUAUAGCCUAUCCCAGAUAUAACCUCAGUUUCGAACAUGCAGAUCGCGAGCCAUGUCUCAUAAUCGAACGUGGGACUCAAGAGUAUGUGGAACUCCUUGGAACAAAAUUAGGUAAAACAACCGCCAUCUUUCUUAUAUCAUCUUUGCCCCGAGGUACGAUCCGUAUCGCUCGAGCAUACAUUUGGAAUAUUCGCCAAAAAUUACAGCUAGUAUUUCAGUUUGAGCUCAUCCCUGAUAGCCCUUAUGGUCAACCAGAAAACCCAGCGGAUCGACCAGAAACUGCAGAGUGUGAUUAA